AUGACAACAUCAUGUGCAUUAACAGAACAUGAAUUGCUUUAUGAUACACUAGGACAUAAACUUUAUCUUGCAUUAACACCAUUUAUUAUUUGUAUUGGAUUAAUUGGAAAUAUUCUUACUGUUUGUGUAUUUAUAUUAACAGAUCUUAAAAGACAAUCAGUAUCUAUAAUAACAAUUGCAUUAGCUAUAGCUGAUUCAUUUGUUCUUCUUAUACCUGUUUCAAUAUUAUGGCUUGAAAAAAUAUUAAAACGAGAAUUAACUGAUCUUUCACCAUUUUGGUGUCGUACUCAUGGAUUUUUUGAUUUAACUUUUACAAGUUGUUCAAGUUGGUUAAUGGUUUGUAUAGCAUUUGAACGUUUUUGUGCUGUUUGGUUACCACAUAAUAAUAAAAAAAUAUUUACACAUCGAAAAACAUUUAUUCUUGUUCUUAUUAUUGUAUUUUUAUCAACAAUUUUAUCAACAUGGUUUAUAUUUGUUGUUAAAACAACACGAACAUCAAUAAUAUCAUUAAAAAAUCAUACGGAAAAUAUUUUAUUGACUUCUGAUAAUCGUACAACAAAUCAACAUUGGAAAUGUAAUCUUGUUGAUGAUAGUCUAUAUGAUUCUAUGGGUAUGUUUUCUGUUAUAAUUAAUUAUAUAUUACCAUUUAUGUUUGUAUUAUUAUUAAAUUCGACUGUUAUUUAUCGUUUAUGUCAACGUGGUAUUGUUGAAUUAACAUCAUCAAUAACAGUUAUGUUAACACUUGUUUGUUUAGUACAUUUAUUUUGUACAUUACCAUUUCAAUGUUGGUGGAUAUAUUAUGAAAUUCCUGAUCAAACAGGUGAUUGUAUAUGGUUAAAAAAGAAAUUAACAUGGCGUACAAUAACAUUUACAAUACGUAAUAUAAAUUAUAUGGCAAAUUUUUUUCUUUAUUCAUGUUCAUCAAAAUUAUUUCGUAAUGAAUUAAAAAGUUUAAUUUUUUUAAGUUUAUUACCACAUGAAAAAUAUCAAAAUUAUCAUUAUCGUCGACAGUCAUUAUAUGAUAAUAUGCAACAACAACGUAUUUCAUUAACUCAUCUUGUUAUGAGACGUUUAAGUAGAACAACUGACUUUACAAAUGUUGGUAUUUUUCAUAGUGGUACAAAUGUUACUCCAGCUAAUAAUCCAAAUGGAAAUAUUUAG